AUGGAGAAUGACUGCUCAGCAUGUCAAAAAGGCUUCAAAGUUGGCGAUAAAGCUGUAAGAUCCAACUGUGGUCACUUUGUUCAUUGCUUUAAAGCUGAUUGCUGUGAAAAAGACUUUUGUCGACAGUGUAACAAGGAGUUUCGAGUAAGUUCGAACUCCCCAAUUGUUACUUUGAGAUGCACUAGUCAAAAAUACGAGAAUAUAGUAGAUGAGGAAGAGAUUAAGCCAGAAAGACUUGAAACAAGUCGGGUUAAAGAAUAUUUUAAAGGCAAUACAUGUGAUGAGCGCAAUUCUUAUUACUUAGAGAAACUUGAGGAACAGAGAAAGAUUAAUUUAGAAAUCAUGAAAAAGAUUAAUUUGUUGACCAACAAUCAUGAAUGUUUGAUAAAAUUAAUAUCAGAACAAACUCAAAAUUUCAAGAUUAUCGUAACAGAGUUGACAAAAAUGCGCACAGAAAUUGAUAAGGUUAAAACGGAUGUUAGUGAAGUAACAGAACGAGUUGUGGAUUUACUAAACGAAGUUUUUGAAGAACCAUGCACACACUGUUAA